AUGGCUAACGCUGGCGAGCGACCGACUUCUCCGCUGCUUUCGGGAGAGUAUGCCCAACGUGGUCUUCCGGAGGUGGUGGGCAUCGAGGAGACCUGGAACCUCGAUUUCUGGGCUCCCUCAUUCGAAGUUCCUUUUAUGGCGCCUGGGCCAAGGAGGAUUCCGUUUUUGAGGUCUGCGAAGAAAUGCCCGCUUCGUCACCGUUUAGAGGAGCUUCGAGAAGACCCACACGGUGCCAACCUCAGGUUCAGGCCGAGGAAGGCGCGUCAAAGACGGGAAAUCGAACUCAUCCCUGUCUCAGAGCUUAAUUUCUGCCCGUUCUGCCGCAAGAACGGGGAGCCGCCUGAGGUCUUCGAGUCACACCGGUUGAAGGAUCCCAACGGUGUAACCACCUGCCCGAAACUCAGGGCUUAUAGUUGUCGCAUCUGCCACAACGGAGGUGGCGAUUUCGCCCAUACGAUGCGUUACUGUCCGAAGCUGGCAAAACCGAAGCAGCCGCAGGAUUUCCAUCAAAAAGGGCUGCAGUGA